AUGAAGGACUCACAGGUUUCCCGCCUGCUCUUUGGCGUCGUGGCAUUCGUCAUCGCUGCGACGGCCGUCAAUAUUCCUCAACCUGUCGGACCAGCCCAUCAGGAAAUCCAGGGACCGAUAGUAUGGGCAGCUUGUCCCGGGGACAUUCGACCUUUCAAAGGCAAUAACGCCACAUCGGCUCUCCAAUGUACAAACUUCUCGGUUCCAUUGAACUACAAUGACCUUGGGGGUCCUCAAGUUCAGUUGGGAAUAGUCAAACUUCCGGCACAGGGGAAGCGCAUCGGGAAUCUCUUUGUGAAUCCCGGCGGGCCUGGAGGGGCAGCGUCGAGCAUGGUCGCUCGAAUGGCUUCGAAAGGGAUUUAUAUCAGCGACGCGGUACGCCAGUCAUUCGACAUCAUUGGAAUGGACCCCAGAGGCGUUGGCUUGAGUACACCGCAGAAGUGUGAUACGAAUCUGGCUAAUCAGCCAAGCGAGUUUGAUGCGACUACGCCGGAGGGCUUCCAGAAGCUGUUCAAUUACAACAAAGCUGUGGGUGAGUCUUGCCGGGCAAUGACCGGUCCACUGUUCGACAACAUGGACACGACGUUCGUCGCCAAGGACAUGGAGGCUGUCCGUGUGGCUACUGGCGGAGAACCCAUGAACUAUUUCGGAGUGUCAUAUGGAACACAGCUUGGGGCUCAGUAUGCAGCACUGUUCCCCAAGGCAAUUCGUGCCAUGGCGCUUGAUGGGAUGUUGCAGCACACUGGAUCUUUCGCAUCGAACAUCAUGACACAAGCCACGUCCUUGGACGCCACCAUCCAGGCAUUCUUCCGGUUCUGCGAAGCUAACGCGACUAAUUGCGGAGAGGGAGGACAGGACAUCCGACAGACAUGGAACAGGAUCCUCGAAGUCGCGGGCGCGGGGAACCUCAAGGCGGCCGAGUGCGACGGGACCAUCAAAACCGGCUGCUUGCCUGUUGCCACACCAAACAACGUGAUAGGCUCUGCACGGUCGACUCUGGAGUUCCCUCAAGACCGGAGAGCAUUUGCCGAAAUGCUUAAGCUCGGGGCCACCGGGAAUGGCUCCUUCUUCACUCCAGGCCUACUUUCCGGUGACAUUUUUACCGACUCUCGCUCUUUAUCCAUUACAAACGUGCAGUGCCAGGACGGACAUUUCUUCGCUGCCAAGGAUCAUGUCGAAGUACAGCGAGUGGCUGAUAUGACCCGGACUUUCACGACUACACCAGGCAUGGGAGAGUUUUGGCAUCGGGUGAUUGACUGCACCGGGUACCCGGUCAAGAUCACGAAUCCUCGGACGGCGUUGAAUAUUAAGGACACGCCGCCCAUCUUGCUCGUACAUUCGAGAUUUGAUCCGGCGACGAGCCUGGUGUAUGCGGCUGGUAUGAUGGAGGAGUUUCAAAACGCUACUUUACUUCUCAGAGAAGGAUAUGGGCAUACAAGCUAUCUGCUGAAGGGUGAUGCCUCACGCGUUGUAGACGACUAUUUGAUCAAUCUCAAGAUGCCGGCGCCUGGUACGGUGGUUUCGAGUUAG